AUGAACCCUUCCAUGAUUGAAUCCACUCCCGAAAAGGUUAAAGAUAUAACAACGCUUUUCAUGAGUCAUCACAUACCUGAAUAUGAUAUGGGAGAAGGGGAUCUAUUCAAAGCUCUUGAAGAGGCUGUCUUAGUCGUUGAUCAACUCUCAGCUUCUUUAACAAUGAUCCAAAUUUUUAUUAAGGGUAUCUCCAACAAAAACUCAAAUUUUAAGAGUUUUGGUGUCUCAAAAUAUUCUGCGUGUGAAGAAGCCUGGCUGCAAAAUCGACUUCGUUUUGGUACUCUUCUUAUUCCUAAUUCAAACAUUAAAUUUAAAACGUGGAUUGAUGGUACUGAAGAUGCUGAGUUUGUGGGCGUUGGUGCUAGAUUUGGUAGGCAGAUAAUCUACAAGGAGAAGAAUGCUAAUCAGACUCAUGUUGUUUUCGCUAAUCUUCGUGAUUGUUGUUCACCUCUCAAGACUAAGCUUAUUGGAGAUUUUGUUAUUGAGGAACAUGGAAACUGUCGGUCCACAGCUAAGGCUAAUAACGCGGGUAAGCUGGCGCGGGGUCUAGUACCCGCUCGUCCAAGGAGGGACCAAGCACGUCAAGCUGGCGCGGGUAAGGCUACGCGGGGAGGAACCUAG